AUGAACAAUUUUAUAACACAAGUUUCCCAGGAUAGUGCAGCAAGCACAAACCUAUUCAUUAGUGCCACUGAUGAAUAUCAACAAAACAGAAGUGAUUCUGCAUUGGACUUAACUGACUUAGAAGAUAGUGGAAAUGCAUUGAUACAUUUAAAUAUUCAAGAACAACAUUAUUAUAUAACUAGAGAUCAAUUGAUGUCAUUACCAGAAUCAAUAUUACUAUAUCUUUUUCCAGCAGGUGUGUUCCUAGAUAAAAUGGGUGAAAUAAUUACAAAUUUAACACCAGAUGACGAAGUAUAUGUUUCUGACUUUCCUUCAAGCUGUUUUGAAUAUAUCAUGGACGUUUAUACAAGAGCCUAUGAUGAUUUUACAAACUUCCCUGUUGAUAAAACUUAUGGCAUUUCAAAAGAUUCAUCAUUAACUUCUGUUGCAAAGGGUUUCUUCGGUUUUGGUAAUAAUUCAGCAAAUGUUGAGAAAGAAUUGCUACAUAAUAAACCUGUGGUUAUAGUAUUAAGAGAAGAUUUAGAUUAUUAUUGUAUUCCAAAAGAUGCAAUUUUUCAAUACCAGGGCAUUUUCCAAACUUCUGAUGAAGAUUGUACUGAAAAAAAUGAAGAAUUAUUUACCAAUUUCAUGACAGAGAUUAAAAUUGCUGCAGGCAGCUAUUUGAGUUCUCAGGAUUCUGUUUUUGGGGGUUUAUCUCAGUCAAAUAGAAGUAGAUCUGGUAAAGAUGAAAAGAAAGCUUCUGAUAAAAAGAUUGGUACUGCUGAACAACAUUUGAAAGAGAUGUUGUGCUCCUCUGGUUUUUCAGAUGAGUCUAAGUGGAAUAAUAGGGUCCAAGAUCCUAAGAAAACUGUUAUCACUUCAUUAAGCUUAUGUAGAUUAGCCAAUGAAACAACUGAAGAGUUCAGAAAGAAUUAUUUUGAAGCUAAAAAAAAAUGGGAAGCUGAAUGGCUACGUCAUAAAUCUUCUCAAGAGAGUAUUUCUAGGAGUAGAGUUUCAUUAUCGAGAAGUAUAUCACAUAACAAUAUGAAUAAAAAAAGUUCUUCAAGUUUAUUAAAUAGUGAAGGUAAUGGUAACUCCAGUGAUAGUCUUAACAAGAGUGAUCAUAUUAAUCCUAAUAUUAGUGGUAGUGACUUGAAGAAAGGUAGAUUUUCUUCUAUAUCAGCAAGCAGUAGUCAUCCGAACUUAUCAUCAGAAUCUACUGAUAAAUUGUCACAGCCGCCAUCGAUUAGGAAGUCGAGGUUUUCUAGGUUAGCAGGGAAUGUGAGGUCAAGAUCAAGUUCUAAAAACAGACCAAGUGGUAAAAGUGAAAUUCCCAAGUUAUAUGAUUUAGUUCCUAAGCCAGCGAUUAAUACGAAACUAUUAUUAUUUUGGAGGAAACCAGCUAGAAAGUGUUGGUGGAGUGAAGAGACCAUUACAUUAAAUGUUAAAAUACAUGGUAAAAUUGUUGAGAAUGGGGGAAAUAAUUUAAUUAGCCUAGAAGAUGGGAAUUCAACAGAUGGUGGAAAUGAUCCAGAUGGAUUGACAAUUCCUGUAAAAUUACAUAUCAGAAGAGUGUGGACAUUGGAAUUGAGUGUAAUUGGUGCUUAA